UACUGUUGUGUUAACGGUGACCCUGUAGAAGAGCUUUAUGCACGAGCUCGAGGAUGACGUCACAACACGGUGUCAGCAGCACUGUGAUAAUGUAUGACCGCUGUGGAAUGAGUCACUGGAGAAAAACCAGUUUUGAAAUCUUUCCAGGAAAAAGGAUGUUCGUUGCGGUAUAAAGCAAAGAGAAAGUUGCGAAAUUUAACAAUUUGCAGGUGGACAUAAAGAAGAUAAUGGCACCGAUGGUGAUAGCUGUGUUGUGCUUGUGUUUCAUACAGGGAUCUCUGUCACAGACCUCCACGACGCUAGCGCCGCCUAUCUACGCCGGGGACUGCCCGUUCUUCAAAGCCACUAGUGUAUCAGUCCUAGGUCCUUCUCCGCCUUCGAAUUUCAACUUUGUUUCCAAUGAACUCAACUCUUCAAAGCCAUUUAAUGAAGUUCUUUACUAUAACCAGGAGGCAAUCCAUGGCCGGGUUGUGGAUUAUUACGUCACGAAUGUCUCCGCCAGCGUCAAGGGGAGCUGUCUCUCGUGCCUGGACAACACGUGUGACAAGUGUGACGUAGACAUCCAGUUGGGGUCGGGCGGUGGCGCUAUAACAAUCCCAGGGCCGUUAACGAGGGUGAUUCUCCCCUUGUACGUGUACGUGGUGGAGCUCUACUGCGUUUUAAAGCACUCCAAGUCAGAUUUGAAAUCGGACGCAUUGCCGCGAGGCAACAUCAGCCUGGGCUCCACGUGCGACUUCACCCACGUCAGACCGGGCCAGGAUUACAUCUUCGUCGGUUCACUGGAAACCGGCUCCAACUUCAGACUGCGUAUGAAAUAUGCGUACCAAGCCACGCCAGCCCGCGUGCAGACCCUGCGGGAGCUGUGCGGGUUCCGUACCCCCGUUCUCUCCCCCAUCCUCUCCAACUCCAGCAUGUGCGCCACCGAGGGAGCCUCCAGCACAGAGGGGGCGUGUGUCAAGGUUAGCGCAGCGGCUUCGCCACAGAUCUCGGCUCUUGCUUACCUGUUUGUCAUGGCGUUCUUUGCGGUGAACGGAAAGUAUUAGAGCCAGUGGACGGAAAAUAUUAAAACAGGACUGCGAAAUGACCCGUCCUCCCCACACAGAGGUUGUUUUAAUAUAUUUCUGAUAAUACUCCUGGGUAACAUGUUGGACAUUGCCAACGGACUAUAUGCCCUUGUCUUACGAGGACGUUAAAAUCCCUGCUUUGGCAGAUUUAAAGUGAAAUCAGUGUAACGAUACACACGAGUGACUUGUCUAUCUGCAAGAUCUGUCAAUUAUGUAUCUCUGUCACUUGCGGAUUUUGUUUCUUUGAUUUUUGACGUACGACCGGUGUAUUAAUUGAAACACUGCGCUAAAAAACUUGUAACGCACAAACACAAAUAUUUAGAGUUGUGUCGCAUUGUGUGUGCAAAAUUUAGUAAGUUCAAUUAUCCCGACCUUGUUUGCCUAUUUAGGUGAAGGUAGAACUUUGUAAAAUAUUUUUUUUACGUAAUGCUGUCCUGUGGAUCGUUUUUAUGGCUGAGAUAUACCUAAAAGCAACAUUGAGAUCCGUCUAUUUUAUGAUUUUUAUGAUUCCAAAAUCAUUUAGACUUCCAUAUUUUUGAUUUGAAGAAUUAUUUUGAGAUAUUUUUAACCGAUUUUGAUUUGUUACUGUGUAUUAAACGUUUAUUACUUUUCUGCUUGAAUAAAAACAUUACAAACAUC